GGCAGUGCUGAGGAAGGGACUACAAACCCAUCAGGCCUUGGAAAGGAUGGAGCAGAAGGACUGGUACAAGGUCCUGGGGGCCAAACCUUCAGACAGCCCAGCAGAACUGAAAAGGAAAUACCAAAAACUUGCUCUGUUGUAAUUCAUAGUUGGAUGGAAAUCAUACUUCUCACUGCAUUCCAGGGAUAAAAAUGUCUCCCAUGCAAAACCAUGACAAUGAAGAGGGAAGAGGAGAUCACCAAAAUCCAUCCAUUUCACCUCCUGCCAUAGAAAACCAAAGCCCCAGCUCUGCUUAUGCAUGCAGCUCCUCUGGAGAGGGAGCAGGGUCAGCCACAAGAAUCUGCUGGGUACCAGAUGCAUGAUGGAUGGCUGCUCUCCCACCCUGCUCACCUGCAGCCCCCCAAGCCUUUUUGUCCCUGUUUUUGGUUGGCAGUACCACCCCGACAAGCAGGAGGCAGGCGUGGCGGCGGCGCAGGCGGAGGAGCGCGCGCGGCGGUUCCUCGAGAUCCACCAGGCGUGGAAAAUUCUGGGCAACGAGGAGACAAAACGAGAGUAUGACCUGCAGCAGCGUGAAGAUAACCUGACAAAAGAAUGGCCACUUCAUGAACAGAUUUAUCUUGAGGACAUGUCCUGGAAUGAAGAUGAACAACUCUACACUCUGUCCUGUCGCUGUGGUGGGAAUUACAGUGUCUCCAAGAGUGAAAGCAAAGAUGUAUCUGUGGUUUGUUGUGACACAUGUUCACUUGUUAUCCAGAUCCUGCAAUGAUUCUUUCAGUGAAGCCCACUGAGUGUUACAAACUUUUCAAAAGACUGGACAAACAAGUGACAGAAUCUGCUAAAGAAAUGUAUGUUAAAGAAAAGGGAGGCACUACAAGAAGAAGUUCACUCAGGGUUAAAAAUGUCAAGUGCCCCUUUGCUCACACAGCUCUGCAGACAUGAGGCUGGGAUUCUCCUUCUGCAGCUGAAGAGCUCAUUGCUCAACACCUCCAACCCAGAACAGGAGUUUGUACAACUGGAAUGCAUCUCCUGAUCUAAAAGUUUAUUUCCCAGCAAACAACAGAGUAGCUUCUUCCAAUUUCAGUCUGAAGCAGCUCUUGGGCCCUUCUUCUUAGGUUAAAUCCUUGUAACAGCUCAGAUGACAGAAUUCAAUCAGGAGGCACAGAUGUGAGAACGCUUUGAAGAUAAUGAAGAGCAAAGUUCAACAGUGGGAAACAGGAACAUUUUCUAUUUGUAAGCUAAAUAUUUAAGUUCAUCAAAUCCUCUCAAGGGCUGGAGCCUAGGAGGAGGAGGCAGCUGGAAGCAGUGGCUGUGCCUGCCCCAUGACAGUGGCAUCACCUGGGCAGCCUGGAGCAGGAGCACGUGUUGGGCUGAGGCUCUCCAUGUCAGAACAAAUGGAGUCAUCAUUCCUGAGAGGAAAGCUAAGGAGGAAGCUGUGCUCUGACCCCACUGGGCCAGAGGAAACCCCACAGCACUCCUGGGAGUGACCAGCAGGUCUGGAACCCCACUGGUGCUGGGUUCAGUGCCAGCCCUGGCACCACCUGCUGAUGGCAGGCACAUAAUUUUUGUUGAUGACACAAGUGUAUCAAUCCCACUCUAAAGUUAGGUGUAAUCUCAGAGAGAGAUAUCUUUGUCAAGUAAUAUUUGUGUUUAUUCUAAGCAAAAAUAGUUCCAUUCAUUUUAGUAGAAAAUACUAGGAAAACUGUCAAUAGUACUUAAGUCUUUUAAUCAUCAAGAAAUCUGUGGCCAUUGGGGCUUGCACGUAGAAAUCCAAAGUCAUUCAGAGGCCAGAUCUGUAAAAUAAAAACAGUCACAAGAGAUUGCAUCACAAUCCAAAGUUUAGUGUUUUCAUUUGUUAUUGGAAUAGUUUCAUAAACAUUAUAAUUUUUUCUCUCUUUGGUAAAGAACUUUGCUCACUGAUGUGCUUCUCUUACUAGGAGUAAUAAAUCCUGUGUAUUACAAGGAAUUGUUCCAUUGUGUGAAUUUUACAAUUUAUACAGGAGAUAUGCUUUGCUAUGGAGAGCCUCAUGAAUUCCACUGCUUUUUUCACCCUUGGAAAUAAAUAUGUUCCUAAAGAGCA